AUGCCUGAUAUUGAUUUUAGCAAACCAGUUGGAAAAUUCAAAUCCACUUGUUUUUAUGAUGCCAUACUUCAUGAACCCCUUUUCCAAUCAGUUCUGUUCCAAUUCAUAGCAAUAGCCAUAUAUUCAUUGAUUUACAAGAUAUAUUUUAAGUAUGUAUUAAAUAUGUUAUUUAAAGACCUAGAAAGAUGCGUAUUUUACAUAACAUUCUCAUUGUUGCAUUAUCUAAUCACGGUAAUAUUGGCUAGGGGUAAGAUAAAUAAUAACAAUUUAUGUGAUGUACGAAACAAAGUAGCUGUCGUCACUGGUGGAUGUAAGGGAAUUGGAUUGAAUAUUUCAAUUAACUUGUUGAAAUUUGGCUGUACAGUGAUAAUGAUUAGUAGGGAUAAAUCCACGGCAGAAGCAAUUAUUAAGUUAAUCACUGAUUCAUUUUGGACAAACACCAAGCUGAUUCACUUUGUGCAAAUUGAUCUUGAUAAUUUCCAAUCCAUAAAGAAUUGUGUAGAUGUUAUAUCCAAAAAAUUUAAACAAGUUGAUUUCAUAAUAAAUAACUCAGGAAUUUCCGUCAAUAAUUCGAAAGAUGAUGACAAAAAUUCACUUUUAAAACAUUUCAAUGGGAACAAAGUAUACUCAACAAAUGUAAUGGGUCACUAUAUCUUGACAGAAAUGUUGUUACCUAUACUGAAGAAUAACGGUCGCGUUAUUAAUAUGUCCAGCUUCGCCCACUUUUAUUACAAACCUGAAUCAAAUGUAUCCAGUGUAGAUUACAUUUAUGGGGAGAGUAAACUGGCAAAUAUACACCAUGCUACAGUACUUCAGAGAAAAUUUGACUAUAUGAAUAAUGGCUGUAUGGCAUUUUCAUGCGCCCCUGGAAUAUCCAUGACCAAUCUAUUUUACGAACUAAACCUUGUAAAAAACCCCCAAAUUGCUAACUUGAUAAAUUUUAUUGUCAAAAUAUUUGGUAAAACACAAAAUGAAGCGGCCCAAAUAGUACUAUUUUUAUGUAUGACUCCAAGGGAUCAGUUAACAGGGGGCUCCUACUACAGCAACAUGAAAAUUGGUAUAACUUCUAAGUUUGCAAGUGAUAUCAAACUUCAAAAGCAAUUUUAUGAAGAAACGCAUGCUUUAUAUCAAAAAUUAAUAUCUGCCGAAGCUGAUAUGUAG